AUGAGCAAAGCAGCGGCUGUCAAGGAGGCCGUCAAGGAGAGCCUCCUUGGUGCUGAGGAACCCGUCCAGCUGUCGGCACAGACCAAGACGAGAUUCGUCGCCAAUGCUGCCAAGGAUGAGACCACAGGAGAGCUCUUCAUGGGCCUCGAGGAGUUCACCAAGGCCGUUGCGCCCGAGGAUGAAGACUUCCACAAAAUCAAGCGGGAACAGUAUGGCAUCCUGUUUGGCGUCGCCGACCGCAAAGGCGCCGGCAAGAUUAGCCUCUCCGAGUGGGCCGCGUUCGAGAACCUGUUGAUGAAGCCCGACGCCGAGUACGAGAUCGCAUUCCGCCUCUUCGACGUCGACAGGACUGGCAACGUCAAAUAUGAGGAUUUCCGGAAGCUCUACGAACUUAACAAGGGUCCCGACAGCAUCCCCUUCGACUGGGAGUGCGAGUGGGCCAAGCUGUACAUUGGCAGCAAGAAGAAGCGCCACCACAUGGACUACCCCCAAUUCUCCCAGAUGCUGCGCGGCCUGCAGGGCGAGCGCAUCCGCCAGGCCUUCCAGCUCUUCGACAAGGACGGCGAUGGCUUCAUCGACCCGGAGGACUUUGAGCGCAUCAUCCUUGAGACCUCCAAGCACAAGCUCUCCGACCACCUGCUCGAGAACCUGUCGACCCUCUGCAACAUCUCUCUCGGCAGCAAGGUGUCAUACGCCAACGUGCGCGCAUUCCAGAACAUGAUUAAGGAGAUUGAUCUGGUCGAGCUCAUCGUGCGUCGAGCUUGUGCCAAGAGCCCCGACGGCAAGAUCACCAGGACCGAGUUCCUCAACCAGGCCGCCAAGAUCACUCGCUUCUCCCUCUUUACUCCCAUGGAGGCCGACAUUCUCUUCCACUUUGCCAGCCUCGAUGAGCCUUCCGGUCGCCUUGGCCUGGGCGACUUUGCCAAGGUGCUCGACCCGUCGUGGAGAAACGCCGUCUACGACGCGGACGAUAUUGCCUCGCGGGCUUUGGCCAAGGGCGCCACGAAGUCCAAGGCUCUCCUCACCUCCAUCCUCGAGUCGGCGUACAACUUUGGUCUGGGUAGUAUGGCGGGUGCCUUUGGUGCGUUCAUGGUGUACCCCAUUGACCUCGUCAAGACGCGUUUGCAGAACCAGAGAAGCGCCAGGCCGGGAGAGAGGUUGUACAAGAAUUCGAUCGACUGCUUCCAGAAGGUGUGGAGGAACGAGGGUCCCCGAGGCCUGUACUCGGGUGUCGUGCCCCAGCUUAUUGGCGUUGCCCCUGAGAAGGCCAUCAAGCUGACUGUGAACGACAUUGUGCGCGGAUACUUUACCAACAAGGAGGGCAAGAUCUGGUACGGCCAUGAGAUUCUUGCCGGUGGUGCGGCUGGCGGUUGCCAAGUUGUCUUCACCAAUCCUCUCGAAAUCGUCAAGAUUCGUCUUCAAGUCCAGGGUGAGGUCGCAAAGACGGUGGACGGAGCUCCUAGAAGGUCAGCCAUGUGGAUUGUGCGCAACUUGGGUCUCGUUGGUCUCUACAAGGGUGCCUCUGCUUGCUUGUUGCGAGAUGUCCCCUUCUCGGCCAUCUACUUCCCCACGUACAGCCACUUGAAGAAGGACCUCUUUGGCGAAUCCCCCACCAAGAAGCUCGGCGUUCUCCAGCUGCUGACUGCCGGCGCCAUUGCCGGUAUGCCCGCCGCCUAUCUUACGACACCCUGCGAUGUCAUCAAGACCCGUCUCCAGGUCGAGGCCCGCAAGGGAGAGGCUACCUACACGGGUCUCCGCCACGCCGCAAAGACGAUUUGGAAGGAGGAAGGCUUCCGCGCCUUCUUCAAGGGCGGCCCCGCAAGAAUCUUCCGCUCCUCUCCCCAAUUCGGUUUCACCCUCGCCGCCUACGAGGUUCUGCAGAACGUCAUCCCUUACCCCGGCAGGCCCGAGAGCUCCAAGGUCCACACGGGCGUCGGCGACGCCAUCUCGACCCUCAAGGAGAACCUCGACACCAGCCCCUUCGCUCGCAGCCGCAACGCCCUCAAGAUUAUCCUUGACAUUGACGAGGACUUUGGCAAGGUCAAGGUCCCGAGCCAGGAGAGCUGGAAGAAGCUGCCUGCCUUCAUGCAGACCAACGGAAGCAGCUCUUCGUGA